AUGCACGGACAGCGCGAGGCGGAUGACAGCAUCCACAAUCCUGAUCCACGUCGGGACAAGCUGGUCGACCGCGGCUCGAGUAUCUUCACCACCCGUGGCUUCGUGAACCUUGGGUUCCUGCUGCUUCUCCUCCUCGUGAUGCUCGGUAUAUUCGCUGGCUACCCCGUAGCGUCUUACUUCACAAGGAGCUCCCUUUCCAGCAACGGAGGAUUCGGACUGGGCGGGAUCAACGGCACCGGCCAGAUCCCGGCUAUGGACGGAAAAUGGGGCAUGAUAGACCCCGACACGCCCGAAGAAUUCAAGACGAAGAAAUCGUACAUGAGCGCCAAAGAUCUGCAGCUUAUCUUUUCCGACGAGUUCAACGUCGACAAUCGGACCUUCUACCCGGGCGAUGAUCCGUACUGGGAGGCCUACGACCUCCACUACUGGGGUACGAACAACCUGGAAUGGUAUGACCCUGCGCAGAUCACCACCCGGGGUGGCGCGCUGCGUGUGACGCUCGACAAAAAAGAGAACCACGAUUUGGACUAUUCGGGCGGUAUGAUGACGACGUGGAACAAGUUCUGCUUCACGGGCGGUCUAUACGAGGCGUCUGUCACCUUGCCCGGUGCGAACAACAUCCUCGGCCUCUGGCCCGCUGUGUGGGCGAUGGGCAACCUGGGCCGCGCGGGAUAUGGUGCAACCCUUGAGGGGACAUGGCCAUAUACCUACGACUCCUGCGACGUCGGCACCGUCAAGAACCAGACGGUCAAAGGUCAGCCAAAAGCAGCCACCGUCAACGGCGACGAGGGCUUCGGCGGCGUCCUCUCCUACGCGCCCGGCCAGCGCCUGUCGCGGUGCACCUGCCCUGGCGAGGUUCACCCGGGACCGAUUCACUCAUCGGAUAAUACCUAUGUCGGACGCGCUGCACCUGAGAUCGACAUGUUCGAAGCGCAAGUCGAUACGAAGCUCGGAGGACAUGUAUCCCAGUCCGGACAAUGGGCGCCGUUUAAUUACGCUUACGAGUGGUUCGACACGGCGGAGAACUUGAUCAUCUACAACUCCAGCGUCUCCUCCGAGAACUCGUACAAGGGCGGUGUGUACCAGCAGGCGACGUCCGUUGUGUCCAAGACAGACCAGGCGUGCUACGAGCUUGAGGAAGGUUGCUUCUCACUGUACGGUUUCGAGUAUAAGCCCGGCUUCGAUGACGCAUACAUCACCUGGAUCAACGCAGGCGCAGCAGCGUGGACCAUCAAGUCCGCCGGCCUCGCCGCGGACCCCAGAGUUGAGAUCGGCCCUCGUCCUAUCCCGCAGGAACCCAUGUACCUCAUCGUCAACCUGGGUACCAGCGAGAACUUCGGCCCUGUUGAUUUCGAACACUUAACCUUCCCGACGACCAUGUCGAUCGACUACAUCCGUGUCUACCAGGAUCCCGACAACAUCAACUACGGCUGCGACCCGGAUGACUUCCCGACCGCAGCUUACAUCAAACAAUUUGAGGAGGCGUAUACUAACCCUAACCUAACAACCUGGAAAGACGACUAUAAGCAGCCUUGGCCGAAGAACCGCUUUUUGGGAGAAUGCUAA